UUGGUGCAACACAAAAACCACCUCUCAACAUAAUAUAUAUUUUUUAAUAAUAAUAAUACAAUUCAUCUCCUGAAAUGUUUAAAAUAAAAUAAUAAUUAUAACAGAAAUGUCAAAAUGAUACAAGUUUUCCAAAAUAUUAAACAAUUCAAAAGUGGUGUUGUUAUUCAAGUUAUCCAAGUUCAAUCCAAUUCAUAAGAAUGUUUUUGAAGUGAUUCCAUUCAACAACGACGGAAGCUUAAAAUGUAAACAAGAAAAAUCUCCAGAAGAAGUCCAGAUCUUCAGAAUCUCAUCACUUUUACGAACAAAGUGUAUCCAAAAAAGGAAAGAAACCACCCUUCCAAAUAAGAAUGACUGCAUUAUUAAAAUUGAUUUGAAAAAAUAAUGGUACCUUGGGGUGCACUAAAUCACCUUUAUAAAGGUCUUGCAACAAUUGUCAUCGCUUUGAUUGCGUUGCAAUAUUUAUUUGGAUCUGUAUUGGAGAAUCGACGUACGACUGAUACUGCUGAAAGUCUGAUUGCACAAUAUAAUCGUUAUCGAAAUCACAACAUUUCAAAACCACGUUUCUAUCAAGGAGCACCAAUCUCAAUUGAAAAAACUAACAAUAACAGUAUUUUAAUCUCAACAAUCCUCAAUUAUAAUAAAUCUCAAGCAACCAAUAAUAAUAGCUCAAAUUUAACACAAUUCAACGAGAAUCCAUCAGCAAUACCAAAUUGUCCAAUUGUAUCGCCCGAUUUAGAAGGACCGAUUCAAGUGAAUAAAACAAUAUCGAAAAUAAAUGAAUUAGAAGCACAAUUUGGUUCAUGGUUACAACCAGGUGGAGCGUAUGCACCCACAAAUUGUGUUUCACAAAGUGUAGUGGCUGUGAUAGUACCGUAUCGUGAUCGUGCUGAAAAUUUACUCUUAUUUCUAGCUCAUAUGCAUCCAUUUUUAAAGAAACAACAAUUAGACUACGCUAUUUAUAUUAUUGAACAGGAUGGGACUGGACCAUUUAAUCGUGCCAUGUUAAUGAAUGUCGGGUUUACCGAAGCGUUAAAACAUCGUCAAUAUCAAUGCUUUAUUUUCCACGAUGUGGAUUUACUACCUGAAGAUGAUCGAAAUUUAUAUAAUUGUCCAGAACAACCACGACAUAUGAGUGUUGCAGUGGAUAUUUUCAAGUAUCGUUUACCGUAUCAGACGCUCUUCGGUGGUGUGUGUGCAUUAACGCGAGAUCAAUUUAUCAGUGUGAAUGGAUUCAGUAACAUGUUUUGGGGCUGGGGUGGUGAAGAUGAUGAUAUGUCAAAUCGUGUUAUUUAUCAUAAUUAUCAUAUAUCACGAUAUCCGGUGAAUAUCGCACGGUAUACAAUGUUAACGCAUCAUAAACAGAAAGCGAAUCCAAAACGUUAUGAAACGUUGGUCGAAGGUAAAAAACGUUAUUCACAAGAUGGUUUAAAUAGUUUAAAAUAUACGCUAAAACAAACAAAAUUUAACUUAUUAUAUACAUGGGUAUUAGUUGAAUUACAUGCGCCCAGCUGAUGGAACGCCCUCUCGGAUUUAAUUUUUUGGAAAACUUAACAUAUUUCAAUUUAGUCAAAUUGUACAAAAAAAUACAACAAAUUAAACGAACUUAACAUGGAUUUUCAUAAGUUAUCGUGGUAAAUGUAUCGUGUUUAAUCGCAUUCGGGAAGGUUUGCUAUGAGAAAAAUUAUAAAAUUCAUCCAAAAUUACUGAGAUUAAGCCGCACCCUAUGGUCUAAGUGUUUCCCACCACAGGACAGCUGUUCUAACCUAACUUAAGGGGUUCUAUCCAGUAGCGAGUGCAAUGAAACACUGUUUUUGUUUUGGAAGACCAUUCCUAUAUGUUAUAAAUAUGAAAGUAAGGAUUUUUGUCUGUUUGUUUGUUUGUUUGUUAUGAUUUCAC